AGGAUUGGGGAUCGACUGCGCGUGGCAGCGGGACGGAAGUAUGGUGGCGGGGGGUCACCUUUAUAAAAAAGGGGGGCCGGGGGUGAAUACGCGGCACGCGCGGGACCCGCGUCUUCCCCCGCCGAGAGACAGCUGGCGCUCUGUCGAGGGGUCCAGCGCGGGCCAGCGGCAGAUGGGGAGCCAACGGUCGAUAUCGAGGAGGGGCGUGCGGGCUCGUUCCUAACGGAACGCGCUGAGCAGCGCCGCUAUACGCCGAUGCGCCAGCCAGUACAGCGCCCCGUUCACAGAGCCAUGGAGGACGCCGACGGCCAAGGUGACAUCGACGGCCGGCUCGAACCGUGGAACUGGGGAGUCGAGGACCCCGGCUGGGCCUGGAGCACGACGCACAAGUCGCCUGAAGUGGUGCUGCUUGGACCCCAACAGGCGCAGUUCCACCCUCGUUGGAGCAGCGGCACGGCGGGCGUGCGGAGCGCGAGUCCGCUGGCGAGGGACCGGCGCAGCUACUGGGAAGUGCGUGUGUCGCAUCGCGUCUUUGGCACCAGCAUGAUGUGGGGCCUGUGCACGGCGCAGGCACGGCUGCACGCCAACGCCUUCCUCGACCUGCUCGGACAAGACAACCACGGAUGGGGGCUCUCGCACAAGGGCCUCCUGUGGCACGACGGCCGAUGGCGGUCGUUCACGCGGCCGUUCCGCGAGAACGAGCCGACCGUGCUGGGCAUGCUGUUCGACGGGCGGCGCGGCACGCUCACCUACUACAAGGACGGCGUGUGCCUGGGCGUCGCCUUCCGUGACCUGCACCGCGUGCGCGAGCCCCUCUACCCGGCCGUCUCGUCAACUGCCGCCAAGACCGAGAUGUGUCUGGCCAACGCACGCAGGGACUUCGCCGGCCUGCAGGACCGCUGCCGUGCAGUGAUCCUGCGGCGAACUGCGGGUCCAGACGCCGUGCGUGAGCUGAGGCUGCCACCACGACUGCAACGCUACCUGCUGCAUGAAGAGGACAUGUGAGGGCAGCUUGUCCUGCCAUCACAACAUACUCUAGUCGUGACGCCCUCCCUAGACGUAAAGCGUGUUUGCUGCCAAAUGCCCCCACUAGUCAAUAUGACAUCAAGCCGAGCUGGCCCAUCGCAACACCAAACCUGAUGCCAGAAAACUUUCAGAAGCCACUGUGACACCUAGCUGCGCUAUGAUUGAGCACAAGAACACAAUGUGGGCAUGUCCUUACACGGGCAUAGUCUGGUUUUUAUAUGCAUGUUCAAUCAUAUUAAUUUAAACUUGCACUGUGCAUGUCAAUUUCAUCUUAUAGAUGAGCCAGGUAUUUCUAUUUGCCUAUAUCCAACAGUGGAAAUUCACCACAGCAACCUACACCUGUGAAGUGUGCUUUCCAUAAGCAGCUAAGCGACUGUGCACUGCUCAAGUGCCUUUCGCAAGCAAAGACGAGGCAGGAGACUUCCUUCAGAAGCAUCCUGCUGCUGGUCAACCUGGCACCACAAUGAGCAAUUCGAUCACUUUCAACAGGGGCAUGCCCGAUCAUUAGAUAAGACAUAUUUAUGCACAGAAUAGGUGUUUACACCUGUGGUGCAUCUACUUUUAGAUGUGAUCUUUGUUGAUCUGUAAUAAGUGACAGCCAUACUGCGGCUGUGCAUGCUGUCCAACUGAUCAGUACGUACGAUAAGUGUGGUGUACAUGUCCAGUGAAAACGUACUGCACCUGUGGUGAAGCAUUGACGUGCUCGGUGAUUCCACAGUGAAAUAUCAUGCAGUACCGUUCCACUUUGCACACCAGCCCAGAUUGCAUUCCAAAUGCCAGCGCGCGCAGUUUCACAGUUUGUGGGUCCUAUUUGUGACAAUAGAGAAGAUGUUGGUAAUGCACGCAGCAAAUAACCGUAGACGCAUGGCUGUUAGGCAACACAUUGGCAUAUUGUGAUAUAUUGAAUUGGCAAACUACUUUGAGGUCCUGUUUGAUGUAUUUGGGCUCGAUUGCCUAAAGGGUGGUCACAGGGAAACUAGCAUGUAGUUAUCCCUGAACUACACUGUCGCUGCUGCAUCUCAAUUUAUUUACAUAGUUUUACCACAGAAAUAAUGUCUAUCAAGAACAUUUUAGUGGGGUAACUAUGCAAUUGCAUUGAUCUACAGACCUGCACAAGGAUCACUGAUGAGUACAAUGGUGUUCACUAACCUGCAAUAAAAUGCAUUCAUAUUAAGAUGAAAUAUGCAAAAGGGAUUGUGAAGGCUUGCAUGCUUUGUUUGUGCGAGUACAGUUUUGUAAGACAGUGCAAGACCUUAGCAGUGCUAUCAAAGUGCACCAUGGUCCGAGAGGUCUAUUAUACAGUGCAACUGCAAAAGAGCAACAGAUUUAGACUGCUAAAUGACCUCUCUGCAUACAUAUGAGCAUCACGAAGCUGAAAUGGAAAACGUAACCGAAGAGUAACCCGAAGUUUCGAUAAUGAUGCAUGUGUUUACAUUUUCUCCAGGUCGCCCACAAUGACAUUGCUGUGUGUACAGUAUUUAUUCACCUAUUUAUGGCAAAGUACUUAACAAUUAUGCUGCAAAAGCCAAUUAGGUUUGCAGCAAAAUCAUCAUGGACGCCAUCUCUUCACAACAACAUGUUAAAGAAAAUAAAGUGUUUAUUUAUUUA